AUUUCUCCCAUUUUUACGUAAAAAUCAAAGCUUCUAAAACAAAACUCCACAUGAAUUCCUCAAUGAAGAGAGAAAACUUGAACUACAAAAAAAGAUCACGUAUUAUUACAUCUCAAACAGCUAAUUCUAGCUAGAUUCAAGGCCACAUGAUCCACCAUUUCUCUACCUCUAUAAAACAAGAACAUCAUGCAGUAGUCAAGAACAACACCACAAUCACAUAAAAACACACACUACCAUAUUGAGAUCGCAUAUCAGAAGCCAUGCUCCGCCUCGUUUUGUCGGCCGUCGUCCUCCUCUUGGUGGCCUCGCCGCAGGGGGCAUCCGCCGCCGGACCAAAGCCCAAGAAGGUCCAGUGCAAAAACAAGAACUACCCCACAUGCCUCAACAAGGAUCUCUACUGCCCCGACACGUGCGCUCGAGACUGCCUCGUCGACUGCUCGACCUGCCAGCCCGUCUGCCCGCCAUCGCCUCCCAUUCCGCCGCGUAAGGUGAGUAAAGUUAAGUGCAAGGACAAGAAAUACAAGAAGACUUGCAGCCAGCAGCUCCUCUGCCCCGACGCUUGCCCGGAUACAUGUGUAGCCGAUUGUGUUGCGUGUCGGGCUGUUUGCCCUGCACUUCCCCCGACUCCAAGCUACAGCCCUCCUCCUCCGCCACCCGUGGUGACUCCUAGCCCACCUCCUCCGCCACCCGUGGUGACUCCUAGCCCUCCUCCUCCGCCACCCGUGGUGACUCCUAGCCCACCUCCUCCUCCACCACCAGUGGUGACACCUUCUCCGCCACCGGAGGCUGCCGGAGGGAAAAGAGUUCGUUGCAGAAACAAGAAUUUCCCGAGCUGCUACCUCGAGGAGCAUCGGUGUCCGGAUGCUUGCCCCGAAACUUGCGCGGUGGAUUGUGCCACUUGCAGCCCGGUUUGCAACUGCGACAGGCCGGGAGCCGUUUGCCAAGAUCCCCGAUUUGUUGGUGCCGACGGGAUCACGUUCUACUUCCACGGAAAAAAGGACUCAGAUUUCUGCAUCGUUUCCGACACCAACCUGCACAUAAACGCUCAUUUCAUCGGUAAGAGAAACGAGAACAUGGGGAGGGACUUCACCUGGGUUCAGUCACUCGGGAUCCUCUGCGGCAACCAUCAGCUCUUGGUUGGCGCCAAGAAGACUGCCACCUGGGACGAUGCUGUUGACCGCUUGGAACUCUCGUUCGAUUCAGCACCCGUCUUCCUCACCCGGGGCGAAGGCACGAGAUGGCAGCCGGAGUCGGCGCCUGGCAUCAGCAUCACUAGGUCUCUCGACACAAACGCGGUGGUGAUCGAGGUGGAAGGCAACUUCCAGAUCAGAGCAGCAGUUGUUCCCAUCACCAAGAAGGAUUCAAUGAUUCACAACUAUGGGAUCACGGACGAGGACUGCUUCGCUCACCUUGAUCUCGGGUUCAAGUUCUACUCGUUGAGCGGUGAAGUGAACGGAGUCCUGGGACAAACAUAUGCAAGCAACUACGUCAGCAGGGUGAAGAUGGGAGUCAGCAUGCCUGUUUUGGGCGGACAGAGAGAAUUCGCCUCUUCGAACCUGUUCUCCACGGACUGCGCCAUCGCUAGGUUCAAGGGAAUACAGCUGAGUUCCUCAAACAAUUUUCAGCAUGCAAACUUGAACUGUGCAGGCGGCCUUGACGGCCGUGGAGUGGUGUGCAAGAGAUAAGUUAGUUUGUGCCAUAAAAACAUAAUAAUAGCCGAUUUAACAUAGUAUCAUAUCCACACAAAAUAAGGUUCUUUAUCCAAUGAUUCCCAUGAAUAAAUAACAUGAAAUCAUGUUAUCCCAUUUGUGAAGUUUGUGAGUCGAAAUAGAAAAUAUGUACCUUGAAUCAGAUCUCUUUUGCUUGCUUCCAGCUUAAUCGUGUUCCUGCUCUGCAAGAAGUUAUCUUGUCAAUGUAACAAAGUCUAUAUCAAAUUUAACGUUCGUUUCUUUCCUCAA